CGGGACUGCGCGCUGUGUCUCGACUGGCGGCGCGGUGCUUUACGGCGGCCGUCAAGCGCGGCGCUGGGCCGGCGGGCGGGGGCCGAGGGCUGCCAUGGCGGCGGCGGGCCGGCUGCCGACUACCUGGGUGCUGCUGGCGCCGCUGCUCUGGGGGCUCGUGCUGCUGGGAGUCGGGCCAGUCCCGGCGCAGGCUCUGCACAACGUCACGGCCGAGCUCUUUGGAGCCGAGGCCUGGGGCACCCUGGCGGCCUUCGGGGACCUGAACUCCGACAAGCAGACGGACCUCUUCGUCCUGCGGGAAAGAAAUGAUUUAAUCAUCUUUUUGGCGGACCAGAACGCACCCUAUUUUAAACCCAAAGUAAAUCUGAGCUUGAGCAAUCACAGUACAUUGAUAACCAGUGUAGUUCCUGGGGAUUAUGAUGGAGAUUCACAAAUGGAUGUACUUCUGACGUAUCUUCCCAAAAAUCAAGUCAACAAUGAAUUAGGAGCUGUUAUCUUCUGGGGACAAAAUCAAACAUUAGAUCCUAACAAUAUGACCAUACUCAACAGGACCUUUCAGGAUGAACCACUAAUUAUGGAUUUUAAUGGUGAUUUAAUUCCUGAUGUAUUUGGUAUCACGAAUGAGUCUGACCAGCCACAAAUACUAUUAGGAGGGUACUUAUCUUGGCAUCCUGCAUUGACCACUGAAAGUAAAAUGCGAAUUCCACAUUCUCAUGCAUUUAUUGAUCUGACUAAAGAUUUUACAGCAGAUUUAUUCCUCACUACAUUGUCUCCAUCCAGUACCUUGCAAUUUGAGAUAUGGGAAAAUUUGGAUGGAAAUUUCUCCGUCAGUAGUAUACUUGAAAAACCUCAAAAUAUGAUGGUGGUUGGACAGUCAGCCUUUGCAGACUUUGAUGGAGAUGGACACAUGGAUCACUUACUGCCAGGCUGUGAAGAUAAAAAUUGUCAGAAAAGCACCAUCUACUUAGCAAGAUCUGGAACAAAACAGUGGGUUCCAGUGCUACAGGAUUUCAGCAAUAAGGGUACACUCUGGAGCUUUGUGCCAUUUGUGUAUGAACAACAACCAGCUGAAAUACCAAUUCCAAUUGCCCUUCAUAUUGGGGACUAUAACAUGGAUGGCUAUCCAGACGCUCUUGCCAUACUGAAGAAUGCAUCUGGAAGCAAUCAGCAGGCCUUUUUACUGGAGAAUGUUCCUUGUAAUAAUGCAAGCUGUGAGGGAGCUCAUCGUAUGUUUAAAGUCUACUGGGAACUCUCAGACCUAAAUCAAAUCAGAGAUGCCGUGGUUGCCACCUUCUUUGACAUUUAUGAAGAUGGAAUCUUGGAUAUCAUAGUGCUAAGUAAAGGGUAUACAAAGAAUGAUUUUGCCAUCCAUACACUAAAAAAUAACUUUGAAGCAGAUGCUUAUUUUGUUAAAGUCAUUGUUCUUAGUGGUCUCUGUUCUAAUGAUUGUCCUCGUAAGAUAACACCCUUUGGAGUGAAUCAGCCUGGACCUUAUAUCAUGUACACAACUGUGGAUGCAAAUGGGUAUCCAAAAAAUGGCUCAGCUGGACAGCUCAGCCAGUCAGCACAUUUAGCUCUCCAACUACCAUACAGUGUACUUGGUUUAGGUCGAAGUGCAAAUUUUCUUGAUCAUCUAUUUGUUGGUAUUCCCCGUCCAUCUGGAGAGAAGUCUAUACGAAAACAAGAGUGGACUGCAAUCAUUCCAAAUUCCCAGCUAAUUGUCAUUCCAUACCCCCAUAAUGUUCCUCGAAGCUGGAGUGCCAAACUGUAUCUUACACCAAGUAACAUUGUUCUGCUCACUGCUAUAGCUCUCAUUGGUGUCUGUGUUUUCAUCUUGGCAAUAAUUGGCAUUUUACAUUGGCAGGAAAAGAAAGCAGAUGAUAGAGAAAAACGACAAGAAGCCCAUCGGUUUCAUUUUGAUGCUAUGUGACUUGCCUUUAAUAUUACAUAAUGGAACUGCUAUUCAUUUGAUUAACUGAAAUACUAAAUUCUGGCUUAUAGAAGAAAAUGAGAUUGUUUUGGAUAUUAUUUAUAAAUGAUGCAUCCUUUGGUAAUUAUUGGAAAGUUUUCAAAUAAAUACGGUCUGAAAGUGUUGCAAGAUCUUUUUUUUUAAAGCACUUUGUACGGUAUUUUUGGGUUCUUUAUUGAAUAGUGCUUGUACAUUUUUGUUCCUUUGUGGAAUGUGUUGCAUGUACUCAGGUGUUUAUGUAUUUAUAAUCUUAUUAAAAUGAUGAUGGAAAAACAUAUGUAAAUAAAAAUAUUUAAAUGAGUGGA